AUGUCCGCCAAGGGUCCGAACCCCGCCGGAGCCGGCCCGGAUCCGGUCCUGGAGACGGCACCUCUUCUUGGUCCCAACAACACUUCCGCUACCGACAGCAUCGGUGAAAUACAGGACAAUGGCACAUUCCCGAGCGUCAGUAAACGCAAAUCGGCCGUCGACGAUGAUGACGACGACGACGACGACGAUGCGGCAACGGACGUGGAGAGUGGCCAGGUCGAGGAUAUCAACGGUGCUGCUGCGUCAAACGGGGAUGCCCCGAAGAUGAAGGCGGAUAUGAAGACGCUGAUACCGGUGCUCGCUAUUGGUAUCUUCCUCGUAGCCCUCGACCAAACCCUCACCGUCGCGACCUACGCGCGCAUGGGCAGCGACCUGCACGCGCUCAACAACACCAGCUGGAUCUCGACCUCGUACUUCCUGACGCUCACGGCCUUCCAGCCCCUGUACGGGCGCCUCACCGCCGUCUUCGGCAGCAAGCACUGCCUGCUCUUCGCGAGCCUCGUCUUCGGCCUCGGGUGCCUGGGGUGCGGGCUGUCGCGCGACAUCGCCGAGCUGUGCGUCUCCCGCGCCGUCGCCGGCGUCGGCGGCGGCGGCCUCAACGCCGUCGUCACCAUCCUCGUCACCGACCUCGUCUCCCUCCGCGACAGGGGCCUCUGGCAAGGCUACAUCAACAUCGUGUACGCGUGCGGCGUUGCGUCCGGCGGCCCCGUCGGCGGCCUGCUCGCCGACGGCGUGGGCUGGAGGUGGGCGUUUGCCGGGCAGUUCCCCGUCGCCAUGUUUGCGUUCGUGGCGGUGUGUCUGCGCCUGCCGGGGAUGAACGCCGGGCGCGAAAAUGGUGAUGGUGGUGGUAGUAGUAGUAGUAGCGCGCACUGGACCGCGAAAGUCCUGCGCAUCGACUUCCUCGGGGCCUUCAUCCUGCAGACGGCCGUGUUCGCGCUGCUGUUCGGGCUGGACAACGGGAGCAACGAGGGGUGGGGUCGGCGGGCGACGUUCGUUCCUCUCGCCCUGACCCCGCCUCUCUUCGCGCUGUUCGUCUUCGUCGAGGUCAAGGUGGCGCGCGACCCGUUCGCGCCCGGCCAUGUGAUCCUCGACCCGCCGCUGCUCGCGGCGUACCUGUCCAACUUCUGCGGCGUCGCUGCCCAAGUCGCCGUGUACUUCUUCAUCGCGCUCUUCUUCCAGGCUGCCAUGGGCCUGUCGGCCAGCAUGUCCGGGCUUAUGUAUGUCUCUAGUAGUGUGCUCGGGCUUGUUGGUUCGCUGGCUGGGGGGUAUCUCAUGCGGCGCACGGGGAAGUACUACUGGCUCACGCUGUACGGGUAUAUUAUCUUGCUUCUUGGCAUAGUGCCCAUGGUGCUGUGUGCUGGUGCCGCGGUCAAGUCGACGGCGGGCGUUGUGGUUGGGCUGUCUAUUCUGGCCAUGGGCUCGGGUAUUUCCAUCACCACAACCCUCAUCUCCGUAAUCGCCAACGCCGCCCCCACCGACGUCCCCAUCGCCAUCGCCUGCCAGUACCUCUUCCGCUCCCUCGGCACCACCAUCGGCAUCAGCGCCUCCACCGCCGUCUUACAACAAGUUUUACGCGUGCGGCUCGCGGCCUCCUUAGGCGGCGACGACGACGCGGCCCGCCGCAUCGAGGAGCGCGUGAGGCAGAGCCUUGAUUACAUCCGCCAGCUGGACCCGGACGUCGCGCGCCUCGUGCGUGACUGCUACGCCGUGGCCGUCCAGUGGGCGUUCCUCCCCGUUGCUGUGCUGGGCUUUGGCGCGCUACUGUCCGCGGCUUUUAUGCGGGAGAGGAAGUUGGAGGGGAGGUAA